AUGGAGGUCGAAGAGGCGGCGGCCGGCCCCACGGCGCCAGUCCUGGAUGAGAAGCGCAUACAAACGAAACUGCACCACUGCAUCAAAGUCGCCAAGUCAUCGGCCAAAAAAGUCAAGCAGUUUGAACUGCAAAAGCACGUGCGUCGUUUGAAGCAGAACAAGGAUAAGGCGGCUACCAAUAUGCUGGAGCAGGAGCUGAGUAUAUUGAAAAACUUGGAUGUACAGUAUGUGGGCGUUCGUGCCCUCUCCUCCAAACUUGCUAAAAGCAAAUUGAUACCCAAACCAAACCAGCAGGACAAGGCGGAACGCUUCCCCCUUGCUCGUUUUGUUGAAAAUACAGAGGUGGACCCCGCAUCGAUCGAGAAGGUGCGCUCACCUACCUCGUCGGUAGAAGAACGAGUGUUGCACCAGGUGCUUAGCUCCAAAAUCAUGGCAGAGGAAAUGACGUCGUGUGUGAAGGCACUGGCCAGUCUCGUUACGCCGAAGGCCGAGCCCAAAGCCGAACCUACGAAAGAGAAGAAAAAGAAGGAGAAAAAGGUACAGGAGGAGGCCCCUAGCGAUGUGGACUAUGAAAGUGAUGAUGGAAUGGGCAACGAAAAUCCACUGGGCCUAUCCCAGAUGGAUAUGGAUGCGAUGGUGGCCUCCGGCAGUGAGUCGGACGAAAGUGACGACGACGUACCCAUCUCGCGUAAACGCCCUCACGACUCGGAAGAAGAGGAGGAAGACUCGGCGUUUCUUCCUAGCUUGCACACUGGGUUUAUUCCUGCUGAGGAAGGCGAUGACUGGAGUGACGCGGAGGCAGAUUAUGCGGACACAGCGGGUAAAGGCCCGGCCAAGUCGCAGCGCAAGAAUAGGCGAGGACAGCGAGAGCGCCGAGCCAUUUGGGAGAAAAAAUAUGGUCGGCAUGCGAAUCACCUGAAACUGCGUGAAAAGGAGCCGAAGAAGGAACGUAAACCUCGUGGAAAAGCAGAUCAGGGCUGGCCAUCGACGCAAGGCCAGGGCGCCAGACCUGCGCUACCGCCUGUGCCUGAGAGCAUGCCACGCUUUACCAACCCACGUGCCCCUACGCCCAAGGGACCCCCCGUGAAAGCUACAGAGGAGCCCAGUGUGCACCCCAGCUGGCUGGCCAAACAGCGAGCCAAGGAAGCGCAACUUUCAGCCAAGCCUGCCGGGACGAAGAUUGUGUUUGAGUAA